GGGGCGUGGCCGCUAUUCAGGGAGCUUCUCUGUCCAUCUACCCGUGGGUCCCGAUCAGCAGCUGUGGCAGCAGGGUUGGAGCUUCCACCAUGGGAUGGGAAGGAGGUGCAGACUGCACGCCGCGUCCGCCGAUACGGCCUCGCCCCGCGUCCGAGCGCCGCGUGGUCACCGUGAUCUUCCUUGGCCUACUACUGGAUCUCCUGGCCUUCACGCUGUUGCUACCUCUGCUGCCAGGGCUCCUGGAGAGCCACGGCCGCGAAAAAGACCCCCUCUAUGGCUCCUGGCAGCGUGGGGUAGACUGGUUUGCCACAGCCAUCGGGAUGCCAGCAGAGAAGAGGUACAACAGCGUCCUAUUCGGAGGUCUCAUCGGCUCAGCCUUCUCCCUUCUUCAGUUCUUCUCCGCACCGCUCACGGGAGCUGCUUCUGAUUGCCUGGGGAGGCGCCCAGUAAUGUUGCUGUCCCUGACAGGUUUGGCCAUCUCCUAUGCAGUAUGGGCUGCCUCUCGGAGUUUUUCAGCGUUCUUGGCUUCCCGGGUGAUAGGAGGCAUCAGCAAGGGGAAUGUUAGCCUCUCCACAGCCAUCGUCGCUGACCUGGGCUCACCUCCAUCCCGCAGUCAAGGCAUGGCAGUCAUCGGGGUAGCCUUCUCCCUGGCCUUCACUGUGGGCCCCAUGCUCGGAGCAUUCCUGUCUGUGGAAAUGGUGCCUUGGAUCAGCUUACUCUUUGCCGUCUCCGACAUGUUGUUCAUCUUCUGCUUCUUGCCAGAGACACUGCCCCAGGAGAAGCGGGCUCCCUCUGUCACCCUGGGCUUCCAUGCUGCUGCCAACCUGCUCAGCCCCCUGGCCCUGCUUCGUUUUGCCGCUGUCACCCACAGUCAGGAUCCACCUGCUGAGGACAGACUCAAGAGCCUACGUCGAUUGGGGCUUGUCUACUUCCUCUACCUCUUCCUGUUCUCGGGCCUGGAGUACACACUCAGCUUCCUUGCACACCAGCGUUUCCAGUUCAGCAGCCUGCAGCAGGGCAAGAUGUUUUUCUUCAUCGGCCUCACCAUGGCCACAAUACAGGGCACCUACGCCCGCCGGAUCAGCCCUGGCAAGGAAGUUGCAGCUGUGAAGCGGGCAAUGCUGCUGUUGAUACCAGCCUUUCUCCUCAUUGGCUGGGCUCAUUCACUGCCCAUGUUGGGCUUGGGACUGCUGCUCUAUUCUUUUGCUGCUGCUGUCGUGGUGCCCGGUUUGUCCACCAUGGUCUCCAGCUAUGGUUCUCCAGGGCAAAAAGGCACAAUCAUGGGCAUACUGCGGAGCCUUGGCGCCCUAGGUAGGGCAGUGGGACCUAUGGUGGCCGCCUCAGGUAAGUGGUACAGGAUAGCUCUCAAGGCUUGCUGUGAACCUCCUGCAGCCAUUCCCAGCUGCCUGCUCUGCUCAGUUCUGGCAGCUGAGGGGUAUGGGCAGGAACAGGGCUAUGAAAAACCUGGGUGAGCACCUAUCUCUCCACAGUGUACUGGCUGGCUGGGGCCCAGGUCUGCUUCACUGUGUGCUCCGGGCUCUUUUUGCUCCCUUUCUUUCUCCUGCGGACGUUGAGGCACCCAGCACCGACUUUCAAGGAGGAGUAGCUGAGCUACCGCAGCACCUUGGCUGCCAAGUCGGAACCUUGGCCAUAACCACUCUCCACUCCUAGCCCACUCCUUCCUCCAGGCCCAGGGAGGCUCACCACCCUCCCCCCCUCAGUAUGGCAUCCCAGCAGGAAGCCGGCAGCCUUGCCCUCUGUUUACUCCAAAGCCCUUUAGGCUUCUGUUUUUUAUCUGUCAUCCUUUUGAAUGACCAAUAAAGCAGCUAUUUUGUACCAAA